UGAAUGUGGAAGCACCUGAUCCUGUGGAAUGAUCCGCCUGUGUGUAAAUGCCCACACGAUGGUGCAGUUUGUGAGGGUUGGAAUGAUGGAGGGUUGAAGUUGAGGGUUCAUGUCUCACACACACACACACACACACACACACACACACACAGAGCUAACAUGAAUCUGUCAAAAUAGUGCACCGAGUUCUGGAAAACCCUGUUACACACACAAAACAACCGCAGCUUUUGUGAAAUUGCGAAACAAAUCGCUUACAAAAGAGGAAAAGAAUCUUUUUCUGGGGACCACUGUAGUGUGGAAUGUAGAAGGGCGUAGAUCAGAGUAGAGGUGCCUGGAUGAUCUCCGGCGGCACCCGGUUGACCCAGGAACCCGAUGGCGGCCAGCUGACCUUUGAACUUCGCCCGCCAGGAUGAUGUCGGUCAGAGAGCGACUCCGCGAGAACAUCUCGGCCGCCUUCUACCGGCACGGCCUGCUCUGCGCUUCCUACCCAGUUCCCAUCAUCCUCUUCACCUCUGCCAGCAUCCUGGCCUGCUGUUACCCCCUGUUGAAGUUGCCUCUCCCAGGAACAGGUCCUGUGGAGUUCACCACGGGGGUGAAGGAUUACUCCGUCCCGUACCAUGAUCCUCAGAGUGACCUGGGCGAGCGUCCUGAUUGGUACCACGGUGCUCCAGUCGCUUACAUCCAGCAGGUGUUGGUGAAGGCGGCCGUGUCCCCGUGGGACAGCAGCUUGGUCCCCGUGGACGUGUUCCGCUCGCCGCUCGGCCGAGUCUUCAGCCUCCUGGAGGAGAUCCGCGAUCACGUUUAUGCCGACAGAGGUCUGGAGUCUCUGUGUCUCCAGGUGACAGAGCUGUUGCCGGGGUUACGCCUCAUGCAGUCGGUGCUUCCCCAACACGGCUGCUUGCUGGUUUCCCCCGGCAACUACUGGCAGAACCGGCAGGACGUGUUUGACUCGGAUCCGGACAUCCUAAAGACUGUCCAGCAACACGAACCCAAAGGCUUGCACACGUCCGCUACACUGAAAGACCUGCUGUUUGGGGUUUCAGGGAAAAGCACAGGCGUCAGUCUGUACAGUAAAAAGCGAGUGGUCACCUACACCAUCACCAUCGCCUUCAGCAGUUACGACUCCAGGUUUGUAGGCAGCCUGCGUGCCCGUCUGAAACAUCUCCACCCGUCUGUGAACUGCAGCUUGCGUGAGGAUCACAUGGUGCACAUCCACUUUAAGGAGGAGAUCGGCAUCGCUGAGCUGAUCCCCCUCGUCACCACCUACAUCAUCCUGUUCGCCUACAUCUACUUCUCCACCCGGAAGAUCGACAUGGUGAAAUCUAAAUGGGGUUUGGCGUUGGCUGCCGUGGUAACAGUACUCAGUUCCCUGCUCAUGUCUGUAGGACUCUGCACUCUGUUUGGCCUCACACCCACACUCAACGGAGGGGAGAUCUUCCCAUAUCUCGUGGUCGUGAUCGGGAUUGAGAACGUUCUGGUCCUCACCAAGUCCGUGGUCUCGACUCCUGUGGACCUGGAGGUCAAACUUCGAAUUGCACAAGGUCUCAGCAGUGAGAGCUGGUCCAUCAUGAAGAACAUGGCUACUGAGCUGGUCAUCAUCCUGAUUGGAUACUUUACUUUAGUUCCUGCUAUUCAGGAGUUCUGUCUAUUCGCCGUGGUGGGUCUCGUCUCGGAUUUCUUCCUGCAGAUGUUCUUCUUCACCACCGUGCUCUCCAUUGACAUUCGCCGCAUGGAGCUGGCUGAUCUGAAUAGACGUCUCCCAGCCGAGGCAGGGAUGCCUCCUCCUAAACCCGGCCCCCUACGCCAUCGAGAAACCCCACCCCCUCCUCGCCCUUCUCCCCACACCAUCACGCUUCAGGCCCCGGCAUUUAGGAACCUGCGCUUACCCAAGAGGCUGCGCGUGAUCUACUUCCUGGCACGUACGCGUCUGGCACAACGCAUCAUCAUGGUCGGCACUGUGAUCUGGAUCGGGAUUUUGGUGUACACCGACCCGGCCGGUCUGAGGACCUACCUGGCUGCUCAGGUGUCUGAACAGAGCCCUUUAGGGGAGGCGGGGCUUCCUCCUCACCUGGGUGUGGCUCCGAUGUUUCCAGGUGGAGACCCAACCAGCACCUUGAGUGUACUUCCGGCUCCAGAUCCCACCCCUGUGCCCGAGAACCAAUCACAGGGAGCGGCUGCCCCAGGUCCUGUCCCAUUGGUCAGCCCUCAGAUCACAUGGGGUUCAGAGGAUGAGGAGGUGUGGAGGCGGCUGUCGUUCCGUUACUGGCCCUCACUCUUUGGCUACUAUAACAUCACACUGGCGAAGAGGUAUAUCAGCAUCCUGCCCGUCAUCCCCGUCACGCUGCACCUGAGCCCUCAGGAAGCCAUCGAGACACGACACCCUCAGGAUACCCAGCAUGCACCACGGGUCAGCGCCAGAACCACGCAGCUCCAAACCGACCUCACACUCUACAAGGUCGCUGCACUGGGUCUCUUUGCUGGGGUUGUCCUGGUUCUCCUGCUCUUCUGUCUCUAUCGUGUCCUCUGUCCUCGUAACUACGGGCAAAACGGAGUCCAACAUGGCCGCCGUCGCCGUGGAGACCUGCCCUGUGACGAGUAUGGCUACUCGCCACCAGUCAGCGAGAUCUCACCACUACUGCUGAGAGGACAUAGCAUGGAUAUUGAGUGUUUAGCGAGUGAUGGUAUGCUGCUGGCCAGCUGCUGUUUAGCAGGACAGAUUCGUGUUUGGGACGCACAGACCGGGGACUGUCUCACUGUCAUACCUAAUAAUGGUUUGAGGAGGAGCAGCAGUAGUGGAUGUUGGGAUCAGCGUGACGGCUGGGAUCACUACGACCCUGACUCCUCCCACAGGGCGGAGUCUGGCACCACGUCCACGCCGGUCAGCGAGUAUGCGGUGCGUCGGAGGCCGACCCGCCCCGCCCUGUUUGUGGACCAGCCGGACCUCACGCCGCUGAUCGACACCAACUUCAGCGAGAUGCCCCCCUCACACGUGCCCUCCGACUGCGGCUUUGACUUUGGAGGCCUGGUGGAAAAAGCGUAUAAAGAGCACGAGGCCACGUCGCCGACGGCAACCGUGCCCACACCGCCUCCCCUGACUCCUCCCACUCCCCCGGCCCCGGCCACUGAGAGGCUGCGUGUACCAUCGGGAGACUGGGAAAGUUCAGUGUGGUCCAUGGAGCUCAGAGGAAACCUGAUCGCUGUAGGGAGGAGCAACGGCAAACUGGAGUUAUGGGAUGCUGUGGAGGGACUGCUGCGGUGCUGCAAUGAAGACGGAUCCUCAGGAAUCACCGCCCUGGCGUUCCUUAACAAUAGGAUUGUUGCCGCUCGUCUGAACGGUUCUCUUGAUUUCUUUACCGUGGACAUCAACAAACCGCUGGGUUUACUGCAGCACCGAGGACCCCCGAGUCAUAGCAGUCUGCCGCCUUCGCCCUGUUACAGCAGCGACGAUGCAAUUAGCUGUCAGCUAACACGCUCAGUUCAGUGCGCUCACCAGAAACCCAUCACUGUGCUCAAAGCUGCAGCAGGGCGAGUCGUCACUGGCAGCCAGGACCACACCGUCAGGGUGUAUCGUCUGGAGGAUUCCUGCUGCCUCUUUACUCUGCAGGGUCAUUCAGGUGGCAUCACUGCAAUUUACAUAGACCAGACGAUGGUCCUGGCCAGUGGGGGGCAGGACGGUGCCAUCUGCCUAUGGGAUGUCUUGACGGGCAGUCGUGUGAGCCAUGUUUACGGUCACCGAGGUGAUGUGACAUCACUGGUCUGCACGACUUCUUGUGUGAUCAGCAGCGGGUUAGACGAUCUCAUCUGCAUCUGGGACCGAAGCACCGGCAUCAAGCUUUACUCCAUACAGCAGGAAGUGGGAUGCGGCGCAAGCCUGGCCGUGAUUUCCGAGAGUUUAUUGGUGACCGGAGGUAACGGCUGUGUGUCUUUCUGGGACCUGAAUUACGGGGACCUGCUGCAGACGGUGUAUCUGGGGCAGAACAGCGAGGGGCAGCACGUACGCCAGCUCCUUGUCCUCGAGAACGCUGCCAUCGUGUGUGACUUCGGCAGCGAGCUCAGCCUUGUCUACGUGCCCUCCGUAUUGGAGAAGCUGGACUAAACACACACACAAAUGGAUGUUUGGAAACGAGUGUGUGUGAGAUGAACUGUUGUCUCCGCUUGGGCCUGAUCAAUCCCGCAUCAAUGUUUUUACUUCAUGGUUCCUUCAGGAAAAGCAGGAAAUUGCAAUUUGGACAGAAUUUGUAUGUGUGUGUAUGUGUGUGUGUGUGUGUGUGUACAAGCUUUGGGUUUUUUUUUAUUUAAAAAGAAAAUGCCAGUAAUAGGAGAGAAAUAGGGCAUGAUUUUGUGUGUGUGUGUGUGUGUGUGUGUGAGAGAGAUUGUGUAGCUGCUGUUUUUUUUUUUCUAACAGAAGACCUUUAGAGCUUUUUUAUAUUUUUUUUGCUAGAAAAAGUCUUAAAAUAAAUUAAAAUCGCAGUGUAUUUGUACUUCGCAGGGCGACGGGACGCUAGACAUCGCUGCCUGAAGACAGAGGCGUGAGUGUGUGUGUGCGUGUGUGUGGGUGGGUGGGGGUUGUAGAAGUUUACAUAGAAAAUACCUGCUGAUAUGUGUGCGCGUUUGUGCGUGUGUGUGUGUGCGCGUGUCGAUGAGGCUUACUGUAACGAGAGGACGUGUAAAGGAGGAGUGCGGCGCGAGUGUCGAGGGAGACGUGUCACUUUUUAAUAUUUAAAAAGCAAUUGAUUAUUUAUUAGUGAUAAAUUCUAACCGUUUUACGGAAAUACUAAACUUUUAUUAUUUUAUUGUCGGGUUUUUCAUGUGUAAAAAAAAAAAGCACUGACUAAUUGCAAUUUCAUUAUAUUAUAAUGUUUAUUCGGACAGCGAGGCUCUGCUUUCUUUCAUCCUGAACGUGAGUUUCUCCUUCUCCAAACGAAAACAAUGCACUGUAGGUUCAAAGGUUUGUGGACACCUAAACAUAGGAUUCCUGCUUUUUUUUUUUUUUUUAACAUCCCAUUCCACAUUUGGUCCCCUUUAUUAUCUAGCUGUUAAAAUAACCUCCACUCUUCUGGGAAGAUGUUCCACUAGAUUUUGGAGUGUGUAUGUGAAGAUUCAUUCAGCCACAAGGUACUGAAGUAGGUGAUCGUGAUGCUGGAACAGGUUUUGGGUCUCCUAGUUCGCGUAAGUUCACGUGAGUUAACGUGUCCUAUACAAUUGUGUGCCUCCAGGUUUGUGGGAACAGUUUGGGGAAGAAUCACGUGCGGGUAGAAACGUUGGGUUUUACCGUGAGAUACGGCAUGAAAUUGUUUCGGAUGUUUUUGACGGCACGGCCGAAUCCGAUCUGAUUUAUCAUCCUUAGAUCUACAUCGCAAACAUCCAUCACAUACAGCAGGAUUAUUUGAACAUGAUCACUUUGCUGCACCUGAAAUCUGCGCUCGUAUCCUGAUUUAUCUGCCCAACACGUGCUUUUAAUUCAUUCUGAGUAAAAAUGUACUUUAUUUUUAUUUUUUAAACGAUUGAUAUUGAUGGCGUCUCUUCACUGAUUUAUCGGCCCGUCCAUAUCGGUAUCUUUCUCUGUAUUUGAUCAUGUUUUUUUGUUUAUUGUAGAAACAGCUACGAGCAGCUCGUGCCACACUCGGAGGUUAGGGACGUACCGGUUAUCAGUUACGGUGAUCUUUAUGCUGAUGGUUUCUACAGGAGGAUCGAAGCUGACCUUCUCACCACAGCACAGGUUCGAGGAUAAUAACGACACACGUGAGGAAGGGACAUGGGUUUGUAGCCAAACUGGACAGAUUUUCUUCCCUCUCUGGAAAAACAGUGACUGUUAGCAUACGUUUGUUCGUUAGCACGAAAAAAAAAUAGCUGCUUAGCGCAAAUCUGUUCAUUUGCUAACGCGGUUGUUUGUACAUUCGAGGCAUUUUCACGCUGCGAUAUUAACUAUGUUGUAGACAGAGCAAAAUGUUUCCCUUUUAUUUAUUUCAUUUUUAUUUAAGUUUUUUUUCUUUGAGUUCUGGAGAUCGUCCCAGAGGGCGCGGUUCCUUUCGAAACACUACGUGUAUAAAUGUAAAGCGUUUUGCUGGUGAAAGAGCAGAACAUUUCUGGUAUAAAGCUUCUUUUGAAAUUUUCAGUCUCACGCCCUUACGCACCGAGUAGAAACGCACAAAUACGCCACAGACGUGUUCAACUGUUAGCAAUAUGUGAAUGUAAACAUUAAGCAGAGUUGCUACAUGGACAGGUUUGGGUGUGAGUGUGUGUGCAGGCGGUUAGAUUCCAAAGCUGUGCAAUUUGUUGGCAGAAAUGUGAACGUUUUUUAUGUUUCUUUUUCUGUGGGUUUUUAGACGACCUGAGGGUGAGAGUAGCACAGAUACUGGGGUUAUUAAUGAUGAUGAUUAAAAAAAAUGUGCUAUGACCAAAAAGUUGCUUUCUGGUGACCGGGAAGGAUUUAAAGGUAAACCGUUUCCUGGCACUUGUGUGUUUGGUGUCUAAAGUCUCAGUUUUACAGGUGUGUGAAAUGUACCUUCCAUUCCAAACACCUGGACCAGGGCCUGAUUUGGGGUUGAUUUUCUAAGAAUUUCAUAAAUAACAGUGACAUCAUUAUCAUCAUCAUCAUCAUAAUAAUUACAGCCAUAACAAUGCACUUUUUAAGUUCAGCACAAAAAAAAUCGUAGUCUUUGAGUCCAGUAGUUCAGAUCAGCUGUAGCUAAAUAACUGACCAAUCCGGUCACAGAGAAAGAGGUUUAAAACAUCUGGAAAACAAACUAAACACAGAUUCAGGUCUCUCUUGUGUAAUUCAGGGCCCACAACCAAUCAGCUGUAGGUCGUCUUGGUGCCAAAGAUUUUCUGAGGUACCAAAAAAAUUGCACUGGCACCUUUUGGACCAGACGAGUGGAGAAAACGAGAUUGACGGAAAAAUUACCGUACACUUUUCUGGUGCUGAAGACUUGUGAGGACAUUCUUCCGACUGGUCGGAAAAGUACAUUAUUUGGUUUCCGAUUGUAGAAAAUUGGGAAGUACAAACAUGUUUGGGGGAGAUAUCAUAUCACUUUGGUUCUACGUCAGUUGUCUUCUGACACCUCAUCCAGAAUGCGGAACCUUCAUGUAACGAAAAACCAAUCGGAAUGUUUUUUUUUUUUUUACUGAUACUCCAGGUGUUGAAUUACAUCUGUGCGGUCUGUAACAGGUGGAGGUCUGAUUUAGACAGUAGUGCGUCGUGUUGAACAAUAUACAGAUUUUUCACCUUCAUCGUCCCAAAAUAACACCCGAAUGCUGUAACGUCUCACGGUAUGUAAAGUAAAGAGAUUUAAAGGAGGACGUUGUAACUAAUAUUCUAUUUUUUUCCAUCAGGGAAAAGAUCUUUGUACUAAUUUGUUAAUAAAAUAUCUUGGUUA